UUAAACUUGGAUGAGUACAUUAAGGAUGUUCAAUCGAAAUAUGGUGAUUUUUGUGAAAUUCACUUGGGUCCUAAACGAAUUCUCAUAGUUUCAAAUAGUGAUGUAGCGUAUCCAAUUCAUACCUCUUCAGUGGCUCAUAGUUAUAAAUUUUUAUAUCGUGAUUUAUCAAAUCCUAGAUUUAAUGUAGUAAAUAUGGAAAAUAGUGGAAUAAUCGCUAAUAGAAAUUUGGAUCAAUGGAAAAUCAAUCGCGAGUUCUUCAUAAGAAUAGCAAUGUCAAAAAAAUUUUUAAAAAUGCUUGCAGGAAAAACAUAUGAAACGACUGCAGAUAUGUUUAAACUAUGGGAUAUUAUGAUAAAUGACAAGCAAGAUGUUGAUUUGUCUAAAUGGCUAGAAAGGCUUGCUGGGGAUAUAGCAAUCUCAACUUCAACUGGACUAUCUGCUUACUCAAAGAUUGACUACUUUAAUUCGCUAGGAUAUGAAUAUGAUCUUAAUUAUAUUCCAGCUUCAGAACUGGAACAAUCUUCGAAAUUAAUUUCUCAUAUUAAUUCCUUUUUUAAAGCAUUGCAAUAUCUAGAACAUAUUUUUUAUAAGUCAUUAAGCCGACCUUUGAAUGACCAUGAAAUUUUUGGUGUUAUUAGAGACAUAUUCUUGGGUUCCAUCAAAACGGUGGCUAAUUUUUUAAUAUCACUUUCGGAGAUCAGUGAAAUUUUCGGGCAUUCAAUAUCUUUAAAUUCCUUUUACGAAGGUAUCGAGAAACUACUAUAUUGUGAUGCCUUAAUUCAAGAAGCACUUCGCUUAACCACGCCAGUUCCGUUAUCUCCACGAUCGAAUUCUGAACCUGUAGAAGUUGGUGGAUAUCUAUGGAAAGAGGAACAAUCAUUUUUACUAUCUUGCCAGAAAAUAAAUAUCAACAAAAAUGAUUGGAUUGAUGGUGAAAUUUUUGAUCCAGAAAGAUUUUUGAAGAAUAUAAAUAGUAAGCGAUCAAUGAAUGCUAAAGAAGCUAACAAUAAAAGGGCAUUUACGACAUUUGGUGGAGGUGCUAAAAUUUGCCCG